GACUGAUUCUUUGUGAACCACUUUGCAAGAUGUUGAUGCUCGCGUUUGUGUGUGCUUUGCUGUGCCAGGGCGUUCUUUCCUUCCCCACCGGGGCGCCGGAGGUAGCCUGCCAGGACAUGACUCCUCAACAUGGAGUUGAGCCUCAGCCAGAACCAAGUCCAUAUUGGGCCGAAAUUACUAAAAAGGAAGAAAGAAUAUUUGAUUUUACCAUCUAUGGCGACGAGACAAACAACAUCGAAGGCUUUAUGAUUCAGGCCCGCGACCGCAGCACCAGUCAACCCCUUGGCACCUUUGACGCAGUUGAGAAUGAAGUCAAGUUAAUCAAUUGUCUAGGAGGCACUGGAAAUUGUGCCACGCAUCCUAGUGCGUUAGUAAGUAUUACGAGUGUCAAAGUUACUUGGAACGCUCCUGAAGGCGAUCCCUUGGACAACAUUAACUUUGUAUACACCGUGGUUAAGGAAGGUAGUGAGUUUUGGGUAAAUCAAAUUGUGCCUUUGGAAAUCGCUCCCUGAGGUUUUGAGGAAGAAAUGAAUGUGAACAACGGGGAUUUGUUUUUUAAUAAAUUAUGAAGAUAACAAACAUAA